UCAUAAAUUGGUUUAUUUAUCUUUAGCCAAUAUUUCAAAAAUGGCAGCGGUGUUUCUAAUUACGUUGUAUGAAUAUUCUCCAUUAUUUUACAUUACUGUCAUAUCGUUAUGUUUCGUUGUUACCGCCGCCAUGGUCCUCGGCUGGUUUGGUUUCGAUGUCCCAGUGAUUCUCCGCAGCUCUGAUGAGACUGAGUCAGUCGUGCCUGUCCCAGAGAAGAGGAUGGUUCAGGUGACCAACCCCUUUGCCCUAGAGAUGGGGUCCUCUGGGGUGGCCUCUGUGACUGAGGGUGUGUCCCUGCUUCCAUGCUGCCUGGAGCCUUGUGUGCUGAGUUGUUACUGGGGUUGUGGUGUCCAUGCCCUACAGGGGGCGCUACAGUCGCACCAACACGGCCCCAGUAAGCUCGCCACGCCACAUCUGUUCCAGGAAGCUCUGCACUUCCAGUACCAUCACUGCCAAAGCUUCCAUAUCAGUGGAGAGGACAGAGAGGAGCAUUAUACCAAGAUGCCAGCCGAUCUGGGGAUCACUGAUUUCGGGCUUUUGCCACGGGAACGCUACCCCAUAGUGGCUGUCCUCACACUGGCCAAAUCUGAAGCAAGGGACACUUACAACAUUGUCGCCAGCGUCACAGUGGUUCACGUUCCAGAUGACAAAUACAGCCUGUCGGCACGGAUCCUGUUUCAAUAUCUCCUCACGGCACAAGGGAACAUGUAUGAGUUGAAGCCACUAUUUAUGUCAGCCGAGAGCAAGUGGUUGUCGGAGGCGACUGACCCCAACCGUAGCACAGAGACACCACCAGAAACACAGAAAAGAGAACCCGGAAAGGAGAUGCCAGGAAUGGAAGAUGAAGAGGAUUGGUCAGAGGAGGGAAAAGGCAAAGACUGUGUGGUGUGUCAGAAUGCACCUGUUAACCGCGUCCUGCUGCCCUGCAGGCACGCCUGUGUGUGUGACGGCUGUGUCCAUCGCUUCCAACACUGCCCCAUAUGCAGAGCUUUCGUAUUAGAGUCCUUUGCCCUGUUCCAGCAGACCCAUAUGGAGGAGGUAGAGGAAGAAUGAACUGUAAUGUAGCAGGUCAAUAUUACCAGUAUUUAUAUGAACAUAGUAAUGUUACUCAUUGGAGUAGCUCUACAGGCUACUGAUAGGAAGGAAUGGUGUCCAAAAAGUCCAUGCUGACUGUCACAACAGGUGCUGUUCCAACAGAUACAUGAGUACAAUUUCAACAGAAUCAAAGUGUUUACCGAAUGGAUUAUAUGGUUUCACAUUGAGGUGUUUUAUUGAACAUUUCCAACUGUUUUAUGGCUGUGAGCAUAUAAACCACAUUUUAUCACAUUGAGGUGCAAACUACUUGUACUAUUUGUAAAUGUAGAUAUGGAAAACCUAAUAUUUUUGAUGUGCAAUGUAUAGAGAAUGUAUUGUUUUUGUCAAUAUACCAUACAGUGAGG